AUGAGUAAAUCAUUUUUUACUUUGAAUUUAACAGUAAUAAUCUUAUUGUAAUCAAUACAAAACUUAAAUGCUUAAAUAUGUUAAGCAUUUUCUAGGCAGCACUAACCUAAAUUUUUUGAGGGAUAUAUUGCUUCUAAUUAUUUGAAGUUGCCUAACACUAAUAUACUUUUGAUAAACACUGUACUUUAUUAAAACGGUGUAUAGUCUUAGAGUAUAGUAUAUUACAAUGAUCUUUCUAAUGAAAUUGAUAAUAUUGUGAAUGUGGUUAAGACUAAAUACGUUAUAUUUCAAAUGGAGUAUGUACAAGAAAGAAAUCAAAUUUUAGUUCUGAAUUCAUAAUAGCUAAUAUACGUAGAUCCUUAUACUCUUGAAUCUAAAUAAACAAUACCAUUCAGUAAUUUAGAAAGUAUGCAUUUAAUGAAAGGAUCUAAUUAUUGUGUCUUAAAAAGUUCAACAUAUUUAUUAUAUGUUGUUGACUUUAUAGAAGGAAAAUAAAUUCUAUCUUUGAAUAUUUCACCUUUUAAUUCUGACAGUGGUAAUCAUAUUAUUUCUGCAAAGUUACUUUAGCUUUAAAAUGGUUAGAAUUUUAUAGCAGUAAUUGAUUAGUAUGGUGCUUAUACUUGGUCAAUUAAUUUUAAAACUUUAGAAUUCUCAUUCAAUGGAUAUUAUUCGCCAGAUCGUUAUAAUUAUAGCUUAAUAGAUUUCCACAAGAGUUAUGAUAUUAUAUUUUUAGCAGGAGCCUAUUGUCAAAUUAGUGCUUUCUAGAUCAUUAAUUUAUAAGCGAAUUAGAUAAAAUUAAUCUUGGCUGAUUAUCUACCAAGUGGUCAAUCAGGAGAUGGUAUAGUCAGUUUAAGCUUUAUAAAUUCUUAAAAUAAUUAAGGCAGUUUAUACAUAAGUAGUAGCUAAACGUUUAUUUAUAGAAUAGAUUUAAAUUUUGUCUAUAAUUAGAAUACAAAUACAUUUGAUUCUUUUAGCUUUGCUAAUAUCAAUUAACCUCUUACUGUUCAACUACCUGGAAAUCCAUAUUAUGAAUGGUAUCAUUUGGAAGAAAGUCAAUAAUUUGUAAUGCCAUACUACACUGGAUUCUUUUAAUAAUCAGCUCUAUUUGUUUAUUCAUAUAGUACAGACACUUAGCUCACUCGUUUUACUUAUAUUUCUACAGGUUUUACAAAAAUAUUUAGUUUCUAACUCAAUUAAGAAAUAUACUUUGUUGUUUCUACAUUAUAUAAUAUUUAAGUCACUAAAGAUUCUCCUAGUAACCUAAAAUCUAUCCUUACUUAUCCUCUUGUUUAGUCAAUCAAAGCAAGAUAAAAUACAUUUUUUUCUGUAAAAAACUGUAAUACUUGUUUUAUUGCUAUGCAUGAUGCUACAUACUUAGCAUUUUAUAAAGUAAUGGACUCAUCAUUCACUCCUUAAGUAUAUGAUUUAAGUUAGUUAAAUCUUAAUACUGAUUCAAUAAGCUUCAAUAUUGAUCCCUACUUAGAUAUUAAUCAAGCUAUUUGGGUUAUUGUAGGAUUACCUUAAAAAUAAAAUAAUGAAAAUUUCUUAUUUUAUGCUAUAAAUAUUAUCUCUUAAUAAUCGUUUCAAUUGUUCUCUGAUAUAGUAGAAGAAAAUAAUCAAAAAACAAGUUAUGCUCUCUAUUCCUAAGAAGAUUAAGAAAUCGUUGGAAUAGCUGUUAAUGGAAGUAUUUUUGUUUGGAAUUCUAUAGACUUUUCAUUCAAACACUCAAUAGCGUCCGAUUGUUCUGACUCAAUAAUUGGUUAAUUAUUCCAUACUGAUGAUAAUAAAUUUCUAAUAAUAGUUUGUGGUGAUUACAAUAUAAUUAUCUAUAAUUUCUCUAAAAAAACAUUUUAACCAUUAAUGAAGCUAAAGUCAAAUCCAUACUAUUUAAAUGUAUUGAAUAAAAUUAAUAUGUUUGGAGUUGGAGAUUAAAUGAGCGGAGAUGUUUAUUUAUGUAAUUUUAAUACAGUUACUUAAUAAUUUGAAUUAUUUAUGCAUUUCCAAUCUCCUUCUUUAACAGAUGCUGGAAAUAAUAUUCAGUAUAUAGAAAAGACUUAGGUUUUAUUUAUUUAAUAUUACUAUAGUAAUACAUUUUUCCCUAUUGGAUAAUGUCUUUAAAACUUACCUAGUUGUACUUAGAAAUGCUAAAUGUAGUUUUAUUUUAAUACUACUGAAACUAUUGAUACUAAAAGUCUAUAUGGGAUAGGUUCUUUAGAAUAGCCUUUUACAUCUUCUUUGAGUAUAAUUUCAUCUUUACUUUUAGUUUAAUAAUAUUUCGAAUUAAUAAACGGAUUUGAAGUUUUAAACGUUAAUUUAUUACUUAGCAACUAAAAUUAGAUGGUAUUUUAUAAUGAACUGCUAACUUUAUAAGUUUUUGCAUAAACAAAUUUAACAAUUUAGAGCUGGAAUAAUAAUCAAUUAGCUUAAAUUAAUGUAAAUUAGUUGCUCCAAUUCUCGGGUCUCUUUAUGCUAAACAUUCAUGAUAUACUUAUUAAUUUUAUUAUUAGUAGCUCCUAAUAAAAGUGUGGGGUCUAUUUCGAUGGUAUUAUUUCAAGUGCUACUAUAGAUAACAUAAGUAUAUCUUCUACAGUUAAUACAUCUGAUUGCUUCUUUUUUUAAAUAAAUAAUUCUUUCUUGAUUAUUAAAAAUAUAAACAUAAAAAAUUUAGAUUUUUCAAAUACAUCAACUUUAAUAACAAUCGUUAAUUCUUAAUAGAUUGCACUUUAAAAUAUUCUAAUAGAUAGCUGUAAUAUAAGUGAAAAAUUCAGUAUAUUAACCUAAGAAAGCGAUGUUAAUGUUAUUAUUGAUACUUUUAUAAUUUAAAAUAAUCUAUGCGAUAUAAAUUAAAUUUACUAUCCAGAAUUAUCUGGUUAGCUAUUUGAAGCUGGUGAGUUCAAUGUAGCUAAUAUGAAAAUAUCCAAUAAUCAGUUUUGUAAUUUAUAGAUAUUCUCAACUGUCAGCACAAUCUAACAAAAAAACUAUACCUUUUAGUUCUAGAAUAUAACUAUGUACAAUAACUCAUUUUAUACAACACACAAUUAUCUCUUUUUUGAUGCUAUUUAUUCAAUAAAUCCUCUUCCCUAACACACUUUAAAUAUGAGUUAUUUAAAUUUCUCUGAUAAUUCUUACUUUCCCUCUUCUUAAGUAUAAUCAGACAUCUACCUUGGAAUUACUUAAUUAGUUCUAACUGAACAAAUUUUUUCAGUUUUUAUAAAUGAAGUUACAUUAAAAAACCAAUAAGAAAUAGCAUUUUGUUCAUUAUCCUAAUCUUCUUUAGUCUCAAUUAGCAAUAUUUCUUGCUUAAAUGACAAAAAAUUUUUUGAUAGUUUAGUCAAUAGAGAGUAUGGUGGAUGUUUAAUUUUCAAUGAAAUAAAAAAGAUUAGCAUAACUAAUCUAUAAUCAAGCUAUAUAAAAGCAAUAAGUAAUUCUAUUUUAGUAAUAAGAAAUUAAGCUUACACGAAUUCAGUAAUAAAUUUAUCAAAAGUAGUUAUCACAAGUUCAUAUUUUGAAUAAAAUUAAACUAACUCCUAAGCUAAUCCAAUUUUAAUUACUUCCACUUAUACUUCUAAUAUAACAAUAAGCAACUCAAUUUUUAGCUAAAAUAGAUUAAAUGCAAUUCUUAAUACCUAAACUUAUUCAACUUCUGCAAUUCAGGUAAUUAAUCCAUUAGGUUCUAUAUAUUUAGUUAAUAACCAAUAUAUUAAUUCAGUAUCUAGUAGUAUCUUUAAUUUUCAAUAUAUAAUUGGUCUUAAUAUAACUAUGAUUAAUGCUAAUUGCAAGCAAUCUUCAUUUAAUAUCACAGAUAAUGUAACAACUUUAAUAUAAUAAGGAGGUUGCUUAAGGGCUAAAUCAAGCAAUUUGUAAAUUCUUUCUUCAAAUUUUAGCAAAUCCACAGCAAGCUAAGGCUCGUUUAUUUACUUAGAGAGUCUUAGUUCAGAAACAAAUAUUUUUAUAGAAAAAUCUUCAUUUACAGAAGGUUAUGCUUAGAAUGAUGGUGGUGCAUUUUACAUAAAUUCACAAAACUCAAAUUUAAAUUUUGUGUGUAAAUCAUCUAACUUUAGUAAUAUCUAUACACUUAGUUCUUAUUCUUCCGCGAUUUCAAUAAUAUAAUCAGAAAAUUAGAAUUUAUUAAACUAGAUUCUAUUCUAUUAAGGAGAGUUAACCAAUAUUUUAGGCUAAGCCAACUCAAAUUUUUUGAAUAUCUAAAAUUCUAAUGUUACUCUAUUUAAUAUUCAUAAUAAUAAUUUUAACUUAACCUAUCCUGAUUAUUUGAAUCAAAUAACAAAUCUAUCUGACAUCUAAUCAGUGUCAUUUUUCUAACUCUAAAAAUCUAUGUUGUCGAUUGUUGAUUGUGGAUUUUAAAAUUUAAUAAUAAAAAAUUUACAAAAUACUUCCCCUCUUCUAAUUAAUGGUAUUAAUACGAGUAUUAUAAUUUAAAGAUUAAUAAUUAAAGACUCUAC